ACGUUCUAACCUGCUUUGGCGGUUAUCUAAUGGGGUUUUGUUCUUAAGAACUAUACCUCUCUUGUCCUCCCGAGCUUAUCGGGUUCAGGACAAAUGUAUCCAUCCAGACAGGAAAUGGGUCCACCGACCUUCAACUAUCCUCCUCAGGUCCUUGAGAUUGAUCCUAAUAGCUCAAGAGUUCUUCCGAGUCCUUCAGCGCCUGUAUCCCUUGGUUGGGAGCCAACUGGCUUUCCAAGCCUUCCAUACCAUGGAUUUACAGAAAUACCGUCGUAUGACCCAUUAAACAUGGCGAGACAAGUUCCAAUGGACAACCACGUCCGUGUUACUGCCCAGGAUCCAAUAUCCAGCUGGUGUCUAAAAAAUGACGACCCCUGGAUACCGAAGGGUAUCUCAUCAGUGCCCGAAGAGAGAAGUUCAAGAAAUCGUAAGGAUAGUCGUUUUUCCUCGCAACUCGUUGGAAAUCAAUACCAGCAAUUUCCAUCAGAUAGUGGAAUCUACCCAUGCCCCGUCCCGCUGUCGGAUUCUGGCUAUGCCACUGCCACCAGACGCAGUGAUGGUAAUGCCUCCAUUUUCAGCGGUGAUAUUUUCGACCGGGAUCAAGAUGGGCAAAGCCUUGCAGGCCCAGUUGUCGACUUCCAUCAAUAUCAAGGGAUGAACGAAGUUGCACAAGAUGCAUAUUCCAAUAGUUGGGCAGCUCUCCCAUCCAUAUCUGACUCGCAACCUAGAGAGACUUUAAUUUGUCCAACUUGUUUCCUGCCCUCCAAGACACGGUCUGAACUGAAGAAACAUCAACUGCGCCACACGAAGCCUUUUACUUGCCAAUAUCCAGACUGCCCCAGAACUGAAGGAUUUAGCACCAGUAAUGAUUUGGAGCGUCAUACCAAGAGCAAGCAUCCUUCCGCUUUUCAAGGGUCUGGGCCUGCGAAAAGAUAUCGUUGCCAUGUUAAAGAAUGUAAGUCCAAGGACAAGUACUGGCCACGUCUUGAUAAUUUCCGGAGUCACCUGAAACGUGUCCACAAGCAGCUGGGCGAGGAAGAACGCGAGGAAAUGAUACGACUCGCGGAGUAUGUGGAACCGAUGGCUUCCAACGGUAUCCAGGAUGAUAGUAUUCCCCAGAAGCCUUCUCUUCUGGAGUCUUCGCUACCAAUAGCAUCUCUUCUUCAUCGGAGUCUACCCGGGCCUCCGAUUAUGGAAUCUGAUAGAGGACCAGUGUAUCCAGAGGAGGCGAUCGAAUCAUCUCAAGAUUUACUGGCCCUUAAAGACUCUCCCUCGGAAGAUUUGGAUAAGCCCACUUCACUUGAGCUAGUUCCAUCAGAUGAUUCUCCCCUUGAAGAGACGAUCCAACAAUUCAAGUCUUUUAAAGCCCCAACAGAGAUGCGGGAGAAUCGAUCCACAUUGGAGCAUAUUCUUUCGGCCCCAGUGAGCCUCGAGGAGCCAGAGCCUAAGAAAGCUGGCGUAAGCCCAAAUACGGCCAUGGAUGACCUGAAACCCGACUCCGACUCCGAAGACAAGGGAAGUCGACACGACAUUCCCACAUCUGACGCCACGCUUGCCGAAGUAAUGAGAGCCGCCUUGGUUGGCGCCAGUAAUGCAAACCAGAACCUUGACCUCACCAUGCAUCAUGAUAACGUUCCUGACGGGAAGCCUUCUCCAAGUAGUUUGCGUCAAUUGGAGCUAGAUUCUAUAGUGCCUACCGCCCGGUCUGAUAUUGACUUGGCAGAUUCUUCUCCUGCUCCCGAAUUUUCAGGGGAUGCUGCAACACAAAGGAUGGCCCUAGAAGUUAUCCAGGCCCUUCGCAGCCAGGGCUAUAUCCUAAAAAAGGACCCAGGACCCCCUUCUCCCAAACCCAAUAGUUCAGGAUCAGCCAUAAACAACCAGAGUAAAACCCCACUUACCUGCGAGAAGUGUGGGAAGACCACAGGGCGACCUUCCGAAUUGAAGAAGCACAUGAAGAGGCACUCGCGGCCUUAUGGUUGCACCUAUUUGUCUUGCAACAAAACCUUUGGUAGCAAGAAUGAUUGGAAACGACACGAAAAUUCGCAGCACUUCCAGCAUGAGACGUGGCGCUGUCUCGAGGAGAAUCCUGAGGGCCGUGCAUGUGCCAAAGUGGCUUAUCGCCGACAGACCUUCUUAGAUCAUCUGAAGAGAGAACACUCUAUAUCGGACGUUGACGCUAUCAAAACCAAGGUCGACGCAUAUCAUAUUGGACGCAACUAUCAGGCACGUUUCUGGUGUGGUUUCUGUCGCAGGACCAUUGAUCUAAAAAAGAAGAGUUUGGAGGCGUGGGCUGAGCGCAUCGAUCAUAUCGACGACCAUUUCAUGGGACGUAACGGCUUUCUAAAACAGGGUAUUGAGUAUUGGGUGCCAAUAAACAGAAAUGAGCCCAAAGGAUACGCCCCUGAUGAUUCGGACUCAUCAGCUGGACAAGAAACUUUGGAUAAAUGUCCGGCCAAUCCGGCUUCGGGGCUCUUGAAUAAAGCUUCAGGUAUGGCAGAAGAGUCUUCAGCUUCAACAAACAUCACAGAAGAUCAUAAAAGGGGGAUUAAGAGAGGCCCCAAUAGUGUUGAUGGCAGGCCUGCGAAGCGACCUUUGGUUGGGCAAACUAUUUACUGUGUAGGAUCUCGACCUCGAUAUUCUAUCGUUUGCUCCCUGCUAACGUGAGUCUCAGUGCCAGUGUGGAAGCGUUCAUAACCCCGGGUUGGAACAGAGGUGUACCGUGUGCCAUGAUUUACAUCGCUUCUGUGACAACUGUUCCGCGGCGCCCAGAUGAUUCCUACUAUAUGUCUGGAUUGAAGCAUGCAGCUACAGACGAAAUUUCCUCGACUAUACCUUUCCCUUCCUUCGACCUGGGAUCCUCUGCUCUUUGAUGAUGUAAUGAUGCAGCUCACGCAUGAUACGAUAUGAUGGACAUGUAUAAAAAGUAUCUUAUGAUUUGAUGAAUCGGAGUAGGAGGCAGAUAUGCCGUGAU